AUGGGAGUGGAUUUCGAGAAUCUGCUUUCUGAGGAUGAUGGAUUUGAAAAAACUGAGUUGGAUGAUUAUUUAGUUGAGAAGUUGUUGCCGAAUGAGAAAGUUUUGACAUUAAUGUGGUGGAAGUGCAAUGGUUCUAAGUUUUCGAUAUUACAGAAGAUUGCUAGAGACGUCUUAGCCAUUCCAAUUUCUACAGUUGCUUCAGAAUCAGCUUUUAGCAUUAGUGGGAAUAAGGUAAAAUGCAAGGAGAACCAAAAGCUUUUGAUCAGACGGUUGCAUAUGAUGAUGAUGUUGAAAUGUGGAUGGACCAUGGAUGGGCCGGGGAUAAGCCCAAAAUCUAAUGGGGAGGGGAUUAGAUUCCCUGCAUCCGUUAGGGAUGGGGAUGAAGUUAUGGACUCAGGGACGGGGACUGGGAUAGUAAACCCCUCCCCAUCCCCGACCCGUUGCCAUCCCUAG